UUUCUAUAUAAUCAACGACGGUCGAUUCACAACACAAGCUCAGCUUAGCACUCAACCCUCCCUCACCAAAAAAUAUAUCUGUAUUUUUAUUUAAUUUUCUUAAGGAUAUGAAGUUUACCAGUUUAAUCCGGAAUCAAAACGGCUUCCCCAAGAAACUCUCUCAUUUCCCAAUGAAACUUCUGGUCACCACCGCCCAGCUCCCUCUAUAUAAAUCCUCCUCCACCUCCCCUCUUUUUCUCCACUCCAAAUCCCAACCCAAAUCCGCCGCGGAAAUCCCUAAUCUCUCCAAUCGCUCCAUGGGGACUUGCGUCGACACUUGCUCCACCACAGCGGGCCGCCGCGACGGCGGCACCCGGCAGCAGCGCACCCGCGACACCAUCGACAACAGAAAUUUCCAGACCCAGACCCAGACCCAAACCCCGCCCCUCGAUCGAAUCGAGGAGACGACGGCCGCGGCCGUGGAGGAUCUCUGGGCGAAGAUGCGGGAAGAGGCGAGCCUCGAUGCGGAGCAGGAGCCGAUUCUCUCCGGCUACUACUACACCUCGAUUCUUUCGCAGACAUCGCUCGAGGGCGCGCUGGCGAAUCAUCUGGCCGUGAAAUUGUGCAAUUCCAGCCUCCCGAUCGGAACCCUGUUCGAUAUCUUCGCCGGGGUGUUGGGCGAGAACCCGGGAGCGGUUCGGGCCGUGAAGGCGGACCUGCGGGCCGUGAAGGAGCGCGACCCGGCCUGCAUCAGCUACGUCCACUGCUUCCUGGGCUUCAAAGGGUUCCUAGCUAUCCAGGCCCACCGCGUGGCCCACGAGCUCUGGCGGCGGCAGAGGAAGGCCCUGGCGCUCCUGAUCCAGAAUAGGGUUUCCGAGGUUUUCGGGGUCGACAUACACCCCGGCGCGCGGAUCGGGGAAGGCGUGCUGCUCGACCACGCCACCGGAGUCGUGAUCGGAGAAACGGCGGAGGUGGGGAACGAUGUUUCGAUUCUUCACGGCGUGACACUGGGCGGGACCGGGAAGAUUGGCGGGGAUCGGCACCCGAAGAUCGGCGACGGGGUGCUGAUCGGGGCCGGGACGUGCGUGUUGGGGAACAUUAGGGUCGGGGCAGGGGCGAAGAUCGGGGCGUGCUCGGUGGUGUUGAAGGAGGUGCCGGCGAGGACGACGGCGGUGGGGAAUCCGGCGAGGUUGAUUGGUGGGAAGGAGAACCCGACGAAGCUUGACAAGAUGCCCAGCUUCACCAUGGACCAUACAUCGCAUAUUGCCGAGUGGUCCGAUUAUGUGAUUUAA